AUGAACAGCAUAAACAAAUAUUAUAUUUUUAUGAUUGUAUAUAAAGUAUUUGGGAUUGCAACAGAAGAUAUUCCCAAAAUAGACACAAGAAUAUGGAAAGGAAUAGAGCCUAACAGCACAUUAUUUUGUCAUCAAGCCUCAAUUUUUAAGAAUGGUCACUUUAUAUGUGGUGGCUCUAUAAUAACAAAAAAUCACAUAUUAACAGCAGCUCACUGUUUUUCAAACGUUGCCCGCAAGAAAUAUUAUCAAAUAGGUGUAAAUGGUACCAAAUUAGACAGUUUGAGGAUAUAUGCAGUCGGUUUCAUUUUUGUGCACGAACGGUAUGGAAAACCAAGACCAGAAGAUCACGAUAUCGCCGUUAUAAAACUCAAAUCAUAUUUAACUUUUGAUGAUACAGUAAACCUUAUAAGUUUAUCUAAUUUUUCGCACGUGCCUUCUGACACGGAGUGCUUAAUUGCAGGAUUUGGAGCCUCAGAAAAGGCAUUAAAGCCUGAUACAUUGACUUAUGUUUACGUAAAAAUUGUAUUAAAUGCAAUUUGCAGCACCUAUUUUGGUACUCUCCGCAAAGGAAUGAUUUGUGCAGAGGGCAUAGAGCCUCAGCAAGGCGUUUGCAUUGGUGAUUCAGGUGGCGGAUUGAUGUGCUUUGAGAAAUUGACUGGAAUAGUUUCGUUUACGCUCCAUAGUUAUCCGUAUUGCACAAAAACUCCAGCAGUAUACACGGAUGUGUUUUAUUAUAAGGACUGGAUUAAAACGCAAUUGCAAAGGGAAAGCUCUUGCAUAGCAGAGCCAAAGGUUUCUUUAAUAGUUUUGUUGGCACUGUUAUUAAAAAAAUGCUAA